UGACAAAUUAACAACAGUUCUCUAGUUAACUCUAUCUCUGACUCAAAUCCCUAUUCUUCUCCAAUUUAUUAGCUUUCCGCUUUACACUUCCUCGAUUCUCCACCGUCUGAGAAUCAUUGCGACAAUGUCGGCUGCUUUCAAUCAUUUGGAUCAAACUCAGCACAACAUUCUAAUGGAUUCCCAGUCAACUGCUUCUCCUGUGAAAACUGUGAAGAUUAGCAAUGUUUCACUCCAUGUCUCUAAGAAAGAUGUCAAAGAGUUCUUUUCUUUCUCCGGUGACAUUCAUUACGUCGAGAUGCGAAGUGAGACACAAGAAACUCAGGUUGCGUAUGUUACUUUUAAGGAUCCACAAGGUGCAGAAACUGCAAUGCUCUUAACGGGAGCUGUCAUUGCGGAUCAUCGUGUUAGCAUUACUCCUGCUGUGAACUACGAGCUACCACAAGAAGCCCUUGCACUUGACUCGGAAAGUUCGUUUAAUGGUUUCACAGUCAAGAGAGCUGAAGAUGUGGUAAACAUCAUGGUGGGAAGAGGUUACGCUCUUGGGAAAGAUGCCAUGGAGAAAGCCAAAGCAUUUGACGACAGACACAACUUGAUGCAAAACGCUUCAGCAACAAUUGCUUCGCUCGACAAUAAGAUGGGUCUGAGCGAAAAGCUAAGCAUAGGAACGACUGUGGUGAACGAGAAAUGGAGAGAGAUGGAUGAGAGAUAUCAAGUGAGGGAGAUAACAAAAUCCGCUUUAGCAGCUGCAGAGGAGAGUGCAAUCAGUGCAAGAACGGCUUUAAUGGCGAACCCUUACGUAUCAAGCGGAGCUUCGUGGUUUUCAAACGCGUUUUGUGCAGUGACAAAGGCUGUUAAAGAGAGAAGUGAAAACGGAGGAGAAGGAAGAAAGGAGAUUAUCCAACUUGAUGACUCUUCACCUAAAGCUCCUGCUGUAGUUCCUGUAAGUUCGGUUGAUGCAGAUCUCACCAAACCAUGUUUCUAAAUUUGCACAUCUCAGACUCAAAUUCUUUGAUAUGUUUGCUGUGCAUAUGCUUUCUCUUAUCGCUCAAGAAAAAGAUAAAUAGACAUAAACCAUAUAAGGUGUUGUUACAUUCAUACAACAUUUGUUUGAAUCGAUUCAAGGAAAGAAAAAAAAGCAAAAG